AUGCCUCUCGUUGUCUACAAACAAUCGAAACGAACUCACGCCGUCCUCCCCGUCGCCCUAACAACAACCAACUCCCUAAUCAUAACCCUCAUUUACCUCCAAUUCCUCUACUUGGUCUCCUACAUCGCCCGGCCUUUCUGCUCCUCCGCACAAGAGUUUCCUCCAUUUAAAUAUCAAAUCGAGCGAACAGAGAAACGAGUGAUCGACCUCAUCUUUAGCAUAGUCCCCUUCUCAAACUACCGUUCACCAAACCCAUCGACAAUCCUCCAACACCAGCCACUGAGCCAACGGUCCAACUCGGGCGGCGCAUAUCCAUCCACCUCACGACUCACAAUCGAUGGCGUCCCAAACAUGCCCCAACCACCCUCAACAGCUUUCACAACUCCUCCAAUCAUGCCACAAUGCUACCCCGAAACAGCAAUAGAGCGCAUGCCCUCGCGCCAAUCUAUAGACCCUAAGCUCGGAGUCGGGGCCCCAAUCAACAAGCCCAGCGCAGUAGCGGACCGGUAUGCGAAAACGGACGUUCCCAUAUACGAGAUAGCAGUGAAGCGAAUUUCACCCCCAAAUCGCACGCGCGUGUCCGUACCGGGAAUCACAGACAAAGGAAAGGGCACCAAUCCUGUCCAAGCAAGCUCAACACCUGCACUCUUACUUGCGCAGCACUCGAUUCACUCAGUCCAUGAACACAAAUUCGGCGCUAGCGUUGAAGAGCGCAGCGAGGACGGGAGUGAGCAUUUAUUGCCCCUGCAUCAGGUGCACCAUAACACUGAGAUACUGGACCUUGCUACGCCUUCGGGUUCGAUGACUCAUAUUCCUAAUUUGGAAUUACAUGUUGGACGGAAGUCUCCCGUUGCGUCGCUGGGGUCGUUGAAUUCGCUUGUUGGGCCGGUUGAUCCUAUAUCGGCUUUGCAGUCCAUGUCGUCUGGGAGUAGCGAGGAGGGUUCGGGGGUUCGAAUGGAUCGUGGGACGAAGUGUCAUUCUACCGAGAGUUAUCCUGGCAAGUUCCCUGUUAGUGAGGGAGUUGAGUUUAGUGGGCUUGCGACGGCAGAGUAUGCUUUUCGGGAGAAGGGGACUACGACUGUGAGGCCUUUUUCUGAUUAUUGA